UAUAGUAUUUCUAUCCUUGCUAACCUCGAUCCCGCCCCAACCAGGCAUGACCCCGCCCCUCUGGCACCGCCCACCCGCCAGACCAAGCCACGCCCCCACACGCCAGGCCCCGCCCCUCUUCGGAGGCCCCGCCUCUAGGUCGGCCUGUUUUCCCAGUCCCGGCACCCGCCGCGACCGCAAAGGCGGCUACGGUUCUAGGAACUUGACGUGAUGGGGCUUCCUGAGGAGCGGGCCCGGAGCGGGAGCGGCAGCGGCAGCCGGGGCCAGGAGGAAGCGGGAGCCGGAGGCCGGGCGCGGAGUUGGUCUCCGCCGCCCGAGGUCAGCCGCUCCGCGCACGUCCCCUCGCUGCAGCGCUACCGCGAGCUGCACCGGCGCUCCGUGGAGGAGCCGCGGGAAUUCUGGGGAGACAUUGCCAAGGAAUUUUACUGGAAGACUCCAUGCCCCGGCCCAUUCCUUCGGUACAACUUUGAUGUGACUAAAGGGAAAAUCUUCAUUGAGUGGAUGAAAGGAGCAAGUACCAACAUCUGCUACAAUGUACUGGAUCGAAAUGUCCAUGAGAAAAAGCUUGGAGAUAAAGUUGCUUUUUACUGGGAGGGCAAUGAACCAGGGGAGACCACUCAGAUCACAUACCAUGAGCUUCUGGUUCAAGUGUGUCAGUUCAGCAAUGUUCUCCGAAAACAGGGCAUUCAGAAGGGUGACCGAGUGGCUAUCUACAUGCCUAUGAUCCCAGAGCUUGUGGUGGCCAUGCUGGCAUGUGCCCGCAUUGGGGCUUUACACUCCAUUGUGUUUGCAGGCUUCUCUUCAGAGUCUCUGUGUGAACGGAUCCUGGAUUCCAGCUGCAGUCUUCUCAUCACUACAGAUGCCUUCUACAGGGGAGAAAAGCUUGUGAACCUGAAGGAGCUGGCUGACGAGGCCCUGCAGAAGUGUCAGGAGAAGGGUUUCCCAGUAAGACGCUGCAUUGUGGUCAAGCACCUGGGGCGGGCAGAGCUGGGCAUGGGUGACUCCCCCAGCCAGUCCCCCCCAAUUAAGAGGUCAUGCCCGGAUGUGCAGAUCUCAUGGAACCAAGGGAUUGACUUGUGGUGGCAUGAGCUCAUGCAAGAGGCAGGGGAUGAGUGUGAGCCCGAGUGGUGUGAUGCCGAGGAUCCACUCUUCAUCCUGUACACCAGUGGCUCCACAGGCAAACCCAAGGGUGUGGUUCACACAGUUGGGGGCUACAUGCUCUAUGUAGCCACAACCUUCAAGUAUGUGUUUGACUUCCACGCGGAGGAUGUGUUCUGGUGCACGGCAGACAUUGGUUGGAUCACUGGCCAUUCCUAUGUCACCUAUGGGCCACUGGCCAAUGGUGCCACCAGUGUUUUGUUUGAGGGGAUUCCCACAUAUCCGGACGUGAACCGCCUGUGGAGCAUUGUGGACAAAUACAAGGUGACCAAGUUCUACACAGCACCCACAGCCAUCCGUCUGCUCAUGAAGUUUGGAGAUGAGCCUGUCACCAAGCAUAGCCGGGCAUCCUUGCAGGUGUUAGGCACAGUGGGUGAACCCAUCAAUCCUGAGGCCUGGCUGUGGUACCACCAGGUGGUAGGUGCCCAGCGCUGCCCCAUCGUGGACACCUUCUGGCAAACAGAGACAGGUGGCCACAUGUUGACUCCCCUUCCUGGUGCCACACCCAUGAAACCUGGUUCUGCUACUUUCCCAUUCUUUGGUGUAGCUCCUGCCAUCCUGAAUGAGUCUGGGGAAGAGUUGGAAGGUGAAGCUGAAGGUUAUCUGGUGUUCAAGCAGCCCUGGCCAGGGAUCAUGCGCACGGUCUAUGGGAACCACGAACGCUUUGAGACAACCUACUUUAAGAAGUUCCCUGGAUACUAUGUUACAGGAGAUGGCUGCCGGCGGGACCAGGAUGGCUAUUACUGGAUUACUGGCAGGAUUGAUGACAUGCUCAAUGUAUCUGGACACCUGCUGAGUACAGCGGAGGUGGAGUCAGCACUUGUGGAACAUGAGGCUGUUGCAGAGGCAGCUGUGGUGGGCCACCCUCAUCCUGUGAAGGGUGAAUGCCUCUACUGCUUUGUCACCUUGUGUGAUGGCCACACCUUCAGCCCCAAGCUCACCGAGGAGCUCAAGAAGCAGAUUAGAGAAAAGAUUGGCCCCAUUGCCACACCAGACUACAUCCAGAAUGCACCUGGUUUGCCUAAAACCCGCUCAGGGAAAAUCAUGAGGCGAGUGCUUCGGAAGAUUGCUCAGAAUGACCAUGACCUGGGAGACACGUCCACUGUGGCUGACCCAUCUGUCAUCAGUCACCUCUUCAGCCACCGCUGCCUGACCAUCCAGUGAACAUGAUCCUUACCUUUACCCAGGAUUCCCCCUGCUCCAAACUUUGCCCAUCCUCUUUGCCCCCUCAGGAGUGCUGAGGGCCAGCGUUGACCCACACUACCCUCCCUAGACCAGCUGUCUGGGACCAGAAACCAGCUUUGUCUCCGGGUGGAGACAACUUCCUGUGACUGCCAGGCAGAAGGGACAGGGCCCAGGUCAGCCUCGUCUGCUGUGCCCCCAGACUGCAGAGCUCUCAGAACCCAGGGAUGAAAAGGCUACCUCUCCUACCCAAGUUAAGUGUUCAGAGAGGAUGUGAGGGCCUCCACUGAAGCAGGGAGGCAGCUGUGUAAUCCUAUGUCAGCUCUCUUAGGAAGCACCAGUACUUACAUUGGGCAUGCACUUGCCCUUAAAAACAAUGGUCUGUGAGUCCAUAUUUUGCUGCUUCUGUUCUGGGUCUGAAUUCCCUUUUGUGCCAGAUGCCAGUACUGUCUGCCCAUUGGCUUCAGGGGCUGUGUGGGCAGAUUCAGUAUCCAGAGGGCAUUCAGAUCAUCUGCUUUUUUGAAGGAGUAAAUGUGUUUUGUUCCUAGGGCCAGAGGAGCUUGUCUUCCUUGUCCUCUGUUCCUACCCUCCCCUGAAUAGAACCCAGCCCAUGAGAAACGUUCUCAGAUGAAACUCUGUUUUCUUGCCUCAGUCAGGCUCAAGCCCUGUGGUUGUAGGAAUAAAGCCUGUGAUCUCAAGAA